CCCCGGCUUUAAGUUGCCGAGCGCUUCGCGCUGCCUUCGUACAGGGGCGCUGUGUCAGCAAGGCGAGAGCUACCCGGGCGCCCGCCGGCCGAGGAAAUGAACAGGCGACUUCAGAAGAAAUACAUGAUUCUCAUUCUCGUAUAUUCCGUUUUAUUGCUUUUGAUUCCGUACAUGAUGGACUAUGGGGGCAAAACAAGCGAGAUAAAGCAUGGACUACAGCAGCAGAAAUGUCCCGAUUUGGACAGUACGCUGGCACUGUGGAAUAACGGGUACAAGACGGGCAACAGCAGCGCGACGGUGGAGGAUGAUGUUAUUAGGAAUCACUCGAAAAUACACAUCUAUCUACACGCAACCUGGCGGACGGGCUCUUCCUUCCUGGGGGAGUUAUUUAAUCAGCACCCAGAAGUGUUUUAUUUGUACGAGCCUAUGUGGAGCAUGUGGCAGGCACUUUAUCCGGGCGACGCUGCCAGUCUGCAAGGAGCCGUCCGCGAUAUGAUGAACUCGCUUUUCCGCUGUGAUUUCUCCGUGCUGAAACUUUAUGCGGGAACGAAGAACAUCAGCACCUCUACCAUCUUCGGCUGGAAAACCAACAAGGUGAUCUGCUCGGAGCCGCUGUGCAGUGCCUACAAGAAGCACGAAGUCGGGCUGGUGAGGGGAGACGUUUGCGAGAAGUGCAAAGCGAAGGACAUCACGUAUCUGGAGAAGGAGUGCAAGAAGUAUCCUGUGGUUGUUAUCAAAGAUGUUCGUGUCUUAGACCUAGGCGUGCUCAUUCCUCUAAUGCGGGACCCAAGUCUAAACCUCCAGAUUAUUCAACUGUUCAGGGACCCGCGGGCUGUGCAUAAUUCUAGGCUGAAAUCUAAACUGGCUCUGGUGAAGGAGAGCAUUCAAGUGCUGAGAAGUAAGAAGCAAUCGGACAAAUACAAGCGCCUCCUCAUGCCGAGCAGCAGAGCGAACCGCGCCGAGAACUAUGUGGCGAACGCCAUGGAGCUGAUCUGCGACAACUGGCUGAAUGACAUGCUGCUGCUCCUCAGUGCGCCUCAGUGGGUCCAGAAGAACUACAUGCAGAUACGCUACGAGGACCUAGUGCUCCGGCCCGUUCAGGAGCUGGAAAAGCUCUACCGCUUCUCCAAUCUCACGUCAUCCCCGGCGAUUGACAAGUUUGUCCUGAACAUGACGCACGGCGAGGGCUACUCUUCUGACAAGCCUUUCCUUAUAUCGUCAAGGGACGCCAAGGAAGCCAUAUUCGCCUGGAGGGAGAGGCUGAACGUCCAACAGGUCAACCAGGUGGAGGCAUAUUGCAGUGAAGUUAUGCGCAGACUGGGCUAUCAGAAAAGGCAAGUGGAUAAAACGUAGAACUUGGAGAGAACGGGAAUUAAGGAGUGCGAUGCACAGAGGAUGACUGCAGGGGGCGCCACAUCAGGAAGGAAGAAGCACGCUCCUACAACUGUGGCAGCAGUGGUCUCGUUUCCUCAAGGUUGGGAGGCACCAGAGGGGAUCUGUGCAGUCUGAGUGCUCAGAUGGACACGUCGGCAUGUAUACGUGUACAGGGCCUGUGCCCUCACUUCAUUAGCACUAAUCAGCUUCCUGAUCCCUUAAUGAUGCGUGCUGUCUAGGGGAACUACGUCGCCUGGGAAACGGCCACUCACAGAGUUCGCAGUCCUGGGGUGCCUGUCCUUCACCCUCACCUCCGACCUCUUGUACUCAAACCCUGGGAUGUUUCUCACAGGGCUUUGGAUUGAAUUCUUUAACACCGGACAGUUUUUUAAAACAUGGAAACGAUGACGUGCAGCGUUGAGAGGGAGGGGCUUUACAGACUGGACGCCGUUCCAAGAAGAUUCCAAGUUCCACCCAUGGAUUUGACACUCAAGCCAUCAGUGGAACCACAAACGCUGCAUGGAGACACCUAGGAGGAAGCUGCCCCUGCUGGCAGAGACUCUCACUACACACUGCCUUUCCUUAUCAAUCUUUAAACGAAAACACUCCACUGACAUUCAGGAAAUUCCACAACUCGACAUUAAAGCCACCCUUUGGAAACUG